AUGAUGGCGAAGAAGUUGGUAAGUGUUACCUAAUUAUUUUUCUUUGUUUUAGGUUUGUCUAAAGUAAUAUCAGAAGUCAGUGAAAUAGUGUACUUUUUAUGUGUUAAUAACAUAUCUACAAUUUUGUACUAAAGUUGUAUGUUUUAGAUAAAUGUUCGUGUCCUGACUAUGGACGCGGAGUUGGAGUUCGCGAUCCAACCUUCAACAACAGGAAAACAGUUAUUCGACCAGGUGGUGAAGACCAUUGGCCUCCGAGAGAUAUGGUUCUUUGGUUUGCAGUAUACUGACACUAAAGGGUUCAUAUCUUGGUUGAAGUUGAACAAAAAAGUGUUACAACAAGAUGUCAAGAAAGAUCCGGUCUUGCAGUUCAAGUUUCGAGCAAAGUUCUAUCCAGAAGACGCUUCCGAAGAGAUUAUUCAAGACAUUACCUUGGUAGGGAUUCAACAUUGUGUUGAUUAUUAUUUUGUGAUACUUGACUCUUUUUAAGUUAUUAUUUUAAUUAUAACAAUAAUCUUUCAGAGAUUGUUCUAUCUCCAAGUUAAAGACCAAAUCUUGUGUGACGAGAUAUAUUGUCCGCCAGAACCUUCUGUUUUGUUGGCUUCUUAUGCUACACAGGCCAAAUUCGGAGAUUAUUCCCAAGAUUUACAUAAAGCGGGCUUCCUACAAUCUGAACGAUUGCUUCCUCAACGUGUAAUCUCACAGUUCAAGUUGAGUAUCGAGGAAUGGGAAAGGAGAAUAUUUGUUUGGUGGAGCGAUCACAGAGGAAUGAGCAGAGAUACAGCAAUGGUUGAGUAUCUGAAGGUUGCUCAAGACUUGGAAAUGUAUGGAAUUAAUGUAGGUUUUAAGAAUUUUAGACAAUUUGUUAUUUAAAAUUUUUUUUGUAUUUAAUAUGUACCAUAUAGUUUUUCACUUAAUUUUUUUAGUACUUUGAAAUCAAGAACAAAAAGGGCACUGAACUCUUUCUGGGAGUCGACGCCUUAGGCUUGAAUAUCUACGAGAAGAACGACAAACUGUCUCCAAAGGUUGGCUUCCCGUGGUCAGAAAUCAGAAACAUUUCUUUCAAUGAUAAGCGGUUCGUAAUUAAGCCAAUAGAUAAAAAGUCAAACGUAAGUUAAUUAAUUAACAUGUCAUUGUGUUUUAGGAUUUCAUUUUCUAUGCGCCCAGACUACGUAUCAACAAGCGUAUAUUGGCCCUGUGUAUGGGUAAUCAUGAAUUGUACAUGCGCCGACGCAAACCCGACUCUAUUGAAGUUCAACAGAUGAAACAACAAGCAAAAGAAGAGAGGAUGCUCAGACAGAUGGAGCAAGAGCGUCUGAACAGAGAAGUGAAUGCUCGAGAAGCUGCCGAAGCAAAGCAACGUGAGUAUGAAGAAGAAUUGGCACGGAUGAGAGAGAAUAUGGAACGAAAGGAACGCGAGAUUGGCAGAGCUCAGGAACAGAUCCGUGAACUCGAACAACAACUUUUGGAGCUCAGCAGAGUAAGUUCAUUUUUAAAUUUAUACAUUUUUAUUUUUGUUUAACAUUAUCUUGAUAUGUAGUAUGUAUCUAAUUCACCAUUAUUUAGGCAAAGGAAGAACUUCAAGCCAAGGAGCACGAACUUCAACAGCUUACCCAUCAACUCCAGUCGGAGAGGAUGAUGAGUGAAGAAGAGCGUUCUCGACUUCUGAGAGCUAUCAACGAAAGCGAGAGCCAGGUCGCAGAGAUGCGGACCAAGGUGGAGACUAAGACGGUGGAAGCAAACAAUCUUCAGAGACAGAUGGAUCAAAGAAACAUUCAGCAUAUUGCUGAACACAAUGGCUCCGACGACUACUCGAACGCCAAUGUUGGUAAGUCAUCUUUUGUAAAUCUGUUUUUGAGCCGGUAAACAUCUUUUCAACAAGAUAUUUUGCAGAACUUUAUAACGGUGACUCAUUCGAAGCUAACAACAAGGAGUUGGACAGAGUGACAGCCACGGAGAAGAACGUCAGCAUCAAACAAAAGCUUGAGGUAUGUUGUUGGGGAGGAUACCUAUGUGUCACCGACUAAUAGUGUCAUAAUGUUUGUUUACUUUUAGUCACUGACCAAAGAACUGGACUUGGUCAAGGAUGACCGUGCUGUGACCGACUACGAUGUGCUGCACAUGGAGAAUAAGAAGGCCGGCCGCGACAAGUACAAGACCUUGAGACAGAUCCGCGGUGGCAACACCAAGAGGAGAAUCGACCAAUACGAGAAUAUGUAA